CACACACACACACACACACACACACACACUGCUGCAGACUGUCAUUACACAAAGAUAUUCUCAAUUUUGGGUGCAGUUAUUUUGCUUUUCGCCAGCCACAAGCAAAGAAGCAGCAGGAAGAAGUGCAAAGCUGCCUCUCCCUCCUCCCUCCUCCCCCAUUCUCUCUCUUUUUCCUCUCGCUCGCUCACAUCCACACCCAAGGAUACCCUCCUCGCCUGUGCCUCGCCAGCCCUUCCCUUGACCGUGUCCCCCUUCUUUGACUCCACUCCUGCGAGGACAAUGCGUGUCUGACCUCCUUCCUUUACCCCCCCGCCCGAGACUCCAGCGGAUGCUCUCCUCUUCGCCGCUCGACUUUUCUUUUCUUCUUCUGGUACCUGUGGAGGUUGCCGGCUUCUCCAGUUCUUCCCCGCCCGGUUGUCACGUUGCGAGGCAGCAUGCUGGGAUUGGACGUGUGUGAGUUUGGGGGUCAAGUGCUGCAGCUGCUGUGGCUGACCAUGUGCUACAGAGGUUUCAUGCUGGACAAGAAGGAGCUGCCUUUGGAGGGGGAAGAGGACGAGCGAAACCUCAACUACAAUCCUCCGGCCCAGAAGACUUUGCAGGAGAUAGAGGAUCUGGACAAAGAUGACGAGAGCCUGGUGAAAUACAAGCAGACCCUGCUGGGGACCAAGCCAAUGGUGGCAGACGUCUCCGGUCCCAACGUGCAGGUGACCAAGCUGACCCUGUUGUGCAACGAGGCCCCUCGACCAAUUACCGUCGACCUCACAGGAGACCUCAGCAGCCUGAAGGAGAAGACAUUCACCCUAAAAGAAGGCAUCAAGUACAGGCUAAAAAUACACUUUAAGGUGAACAAGGAAAUUGUGGCGGGCUUGAAGUACCAUCAUGUCAGCUUCAGAAAAGGAAUAAAAGUGGACAAGGUGUCCUACAUGGUGGGCAGCUACUGUCCUCGCCAGGACGAGCAUGAGUUUGUGUGCCCCGCUGACGAGGCCCCUCAAGGCUUGGUGUCACGCGGCGUCUACCAGAUCAAGUCCUGCUUCAGCGACGACGACAAGAACCUACACUCGGCGUGGGACUGGAACCUGGAGCUGAAGAAGGACUGGGACGAGUAGAGGUGCCAUCUUUGUUCUCCUCCCUCUCUCUGCAGCCUUGAAAAGACAGGAUGCUCCCUUUCUUCUUUUUCUUUUUCUCCCCCGACUUGGUCUUUCACACCUUUAGAGAAGUGUCACCUCUCUUCCUCUUUGCAUCAAUCCUUGUCUGCGUCUGUGAAAUAUCCCACGGGGAGUAAGGCUUUUCUCAUCGUCCCGUCAUAGAAGGAUGUCAUGCAGGUGCAUUCAAUGCAAUUUCAAUGUGAAAAGUAGAGAAAAAAUGCCACGUUUGUGCUUGUUUACGCUGUUUCCCGACUUUUAGGAAGCAACAGGUUGAUGACGUGGCUCCUGUCAUGCGGCAAAUAAUAAUAGUAAGUCCAUGUAUGAUUGUGCUUGGCCAGUUUGAUGUAGAAAUCAGGAUGUCCAAGUUCACACCAACAUAUUUCCACAAUGCAGCACAAAGUUCAUGUCCAGCCUUCCUAAAGUGGAGUCGCACAACAACCUCUGUCAAAAAAGUGCUGAAACACUGGGCCUUUUGAACAAGGAGCCGUAGAAAGCAGAUGUCAUUAUGCCCAGUCAACAUCUUUAGUAUAGAACAGUACAUAGUAAUGCUACCAUUUCAAUGUUGGAGGGCAGGGGUGUCCAAACUUUUUCCACAGAAAAAUUUAAGCGAUUUUGAUAGCUUUCAUUUUCAAACCAUAACAAAAUAUCUGGAUUUUUUUUUUUUAAUCCUUAGGGCUCCUGGGGAGCAUAGAGGGUCUCAGUCACUAAAAUGUUAAAAAUAAGUCACAUUAUUAUUAUUAUGUUUUAUUUCAUGCUUACAGUAGAUCUCUAUAUCAACUUGAGGUUGAUAUAAAGUAAAAAAAAAAAAAAAAGGUUUUAUGCCUUUUCUGUCAAAGACAACUUUGUUUUUUAUAGUAAAACUGAAAUAUACAGUAUUUAGAUAGAUAGAUAGUACUUUUUUGAUUCCUUCAGGAGAGUUCCUUUAUUUAACAAUUAGAGCCCUCAAAGAUCAAUAAUGCAGGACAACAUUGAUUUGAAUUACUUAACAUUUUUGAGUAAUCACAGUGAAAAGUUAAAUAAAAUCCUACUAAAUAUAUUUGAGAUCCAAAAGGUUCCCCACUCAUAAAGUGAUGCAUUUUUAAACAUUUUUUUUUUACUUUUAACACUUAAAGUUCAAGAUCAACUUCCAAUAUGUAUGUCGAUUUUCAGUUUGAACUAUUAUUUUGUUUGUUUUAUGCUCUUUUGUCAAAACUCUGUUUUUAUAUGGCAACCACACAACAUAUGCAGUAUUUUUUCCACAUAAAACAUUUGAAAGUGAUCAUUUUAAAGUAAUAAUUUAUUAUAACAUAGAUUUUUUUGUCCUUUUUUUUUCUUGAGCGAUGGAAAAAAAAGAAAAUACAGACAAAAGGAAUAAAAAACUGCCUGCAUGGCAGCUUUGUGUCAACAUUGCCACUUUUUCUCAUUAGAUUUCACCUCAUUCCACUUUUUUUAAAUGCUUUUUUUAUUUAUUUUUGCAAUACUAUCAAUUUUGCAAUUUUUGCAGAAUGUGUGGCGGGCCGGUAAAUGAUUAGCUGGGGGCCACAAAUGACCCCCGGGCAGCACUUUGGACACCCCUGUUGUAGGUCUAAAUAUGUGGAGGAGCAAAUGGGACAGAAUGAAAUAAAUAAAUACAUCUUUAAAUAAUCACUGACCUGUCCUUAAUUAAUUAACAUGUGAAAUAACUCAUGUGUUAAUAAAUUAAUUUUGCAUGUGUUAAUUUAAUGUAAAAUUAUAGUUAUUCAACUAUUGAAUAACUUUAUUCAUUUAUUUCCAAAAUAAAUAAUUUAUUUCAACUACUUUGUAUUAAUUAUCAUUUUCUUUAUACAACAAUUUAUUUAAUUUACUAUUUAUCUUUUUUUAUUAACCUAUGGAGCCCCUAAAGGGACAUGGGGGGAAUUUUUUUUCCGAAUAUUUUUUAAAUUUUUUUAUUUUUCUUUAGACAUGUAUCUCGUGCGCACGAGAAAGUAAUUAUUUUAUUUCAAUGUAAUUAAUCAAUGACACAUAUAUGUAAUUAUGCUAACACUUUGGCAAUAUUCCAAGUAACAAAGACUUGAGUUAUUUGGUUAGGGUUAGUUUUAUAAUAAGGCCAUGCAAAAUAGGGCAUUAAUAAGUACUUAAUAAUGACUAAUUAAGAGCCAAUAUGUUACUAAUUUUCUUGUUAAAAAGCAACUAAAUAAUGGGUUAGGGUUAGAGGGUUAGGGUUAUGGUAAAUGGGUUGUACUUGUAUAGCGCUUUUCUACCUUUUUUUAAGGAACUCAAAGCGCUUUGACACUAUUUCCACAUUCACACACUGAUGGCGGGGUUAGGGUUAUUUUUAUAAUAAGGCCAUGCAGAAUAAGGCAUUAAUAAGUACUUCAUAAUGACUAAUUAACAGCCGAUAUGUUCCUAAUUUGCAUGUUAAAAAGCUACUAAUUAAUGGUGAAUAUGUUCCCCGUACUAAAGUGUUACCGUAAUUAUUUAUUCGAUGUGAUCCCAUUUGACCCUCCAAUGAAAUCAUCUCUACAAAAGAUUUGACCUCACUCAUUCAUUUUAGGGUUUUCAAAGUUGCUGGUCUUUGUGAAGCUUUUUCUUUUUCAGCGGUGAAAGACACCAAUAAAAAGUGUAUAAAAUUGUAGAAAGAAAUGCAUGUUUGUCCUUUAGGAUUUGAUACAAUUCAGGCGUUCACAUUGAAGACGUCAAUGUGUAGGUCACAACAUUAGGUACACUCAGACCAUCCGACAAGGUGUCAUACAAAUAACGAGUGGUAUUUGUCGAUUAUUAUCGUUACAUCGUGCUGAAGCUCUACCUAAUGUUGACGUGUAAAUAAACACUUUUCAGAUAUAUUCAAGUAGGAGACAUCAGUGGAGGGAUGAUUUGAUUCAUUCUGGUGGAAAAAAGGGAAUUGUUGUCAUUAUUGCUGAACAUAAAGUAGACUGACUGUUUUGUCAGCUCAGAAUAAGUAAACAUUGUCUUGUUGGGUGUUGCAUGGUAUCUCUAGUGUAGGGUUUGGUUUUUUUACCAUUGUGGUUGAAUUAAAAAAAAAACUGUGUUGAAGGUUGGUUGCAGAUGGAGUAUUUGACUAGCUCUUUAAAGCAGGGCCGGCUGAACAGCGGCCGUCGACUGUGUUGUGUAUCGAUCAAACAUGUAACCUUCAAUAUCGCUGUCAAAUCUUCUCCAUCUUUUAAUAAAGGCAAUUGAAAGAACCAAAAA